AGGAUCAUCUCCCACAUCAAGACAUCACGAAGCCUCCACAUCAUGUGCCACAUCCCAGUCUUCUGCUGGAUCACUGCUACAGUUCUGGAGGAUGUGCUGGAAACCAGAGAGGGAGGACAGCUGCCCAAGACCCUGACUGAGAUGUACAUCCACUUCCUGGUGGUUCAGGCCAAAGUGAAGAAGGUCAAGUAUGAUGGAGGAGCUGAGACAGAUCCACACUGGAGUCCAGAGAGCAGGAAGAUGAUGGAGUCUCUGGGAAAACUGGCUUUUGAUCAGCUGCAGAAAGGAAACCUGAUCUUCUAUGAAUCAGACCUGACAGAGUGUGGCAUCGAUAUCAGAGCAGCCUCAGUGUACUCAGGAGUGUUCACACAGAUCUUUAAAGAGGAGAGAGGACUGUACCAGGACAAGGUGUUCUGCUUCAUCCAUCUGAGUGUUCAGGAGUUUCUGGCUGCUCUUCAUGUCCAUCGGACCUUCAUCAACUCUGGACGCAAUCUGCUGGAAGAACAACAAACAACCUCUACAUGGUCUAAACUAUUUAACAAACCAAAACUUAAAUCUCUCCACCAGAGUGCUGUGAACAAGGCCUUACAGAGUCCAAAUGGACACCUGGACUUGUUCCUUCGCUUCCUCCUGGGUCUUUCACUGCAGACCAAUCAGACUCUCCUACGAGGCCUGCUGACACAGACAGGAAGUAGCUCACAGACCAAUAAGAAAACAGUCCAGUACAUCAAGGAGAAGCUCAGUAAGAAUCUGUCUGCAGAGAAAAGCAUCAAUCUGUUCCACUGUCUGAAUGAACUGAAUGAUCGUUCUCUAGUGGAGGAGAUCCAACAGUCCCUGAGAUCAGGAAGUCUCUCCACAGAUAAACUGUCUCCUGCUCAGUGGUCAGCUCUGGUCUUCAUCUUACUGUCAUCAGAAAAAGAUCUGGAUGUGUUUGACCUGCAGAAAUACUCUGCUUCAGAGGAGGCUCUUCUGAGGCUGCUGCCAGUGGUCAAAGCCUCCAACAAAGCUCUGCUGAGCAGCUGUAACCUGUCAGAGGAAGGCUGUACAGAUUUGUUGUCAGUGGUCAGCUCCCAGUCCUGUAGACUGAGAGAGCUGGACCUGAGUACCAACAGCCUGAAUGAUGCAGCAGUAAAGCUUCUGUCUGCUGCAGUGGAGAGUCCACACGCCAAACUGAAUAUUCUGAGACUCAACGUCUGUGAACUUUUAGUGGAAAACUGUGAAGCUGUGUCCUCAAUGCUCAGCUCUCAGUCCUCUACUCUGACAGAGCUGGACCUGAGUAUCAGAAAUGUGCAGGACUCAGGAGUGAAGCUUCUGUCUGCUGGACUACAACGUUUAAACUGUAAACUGAAUACUCUGAGACUGAGCGGCUGUAACCUGUCAGAGAGAAGCUGUGAAGCUCUGUGCUCAGUCCUUAGCGCCCAGUCCUCUAGUCUGAGAGUGCUGGACCUGAGUAACUCUGACCUGCAGGAUUCAGGAGUGAAGCUUCUGUCUGCUGGACUAAAGAGCUCACAGUGUGCAGUGGAAACUCUCAGUCUGUCAGGCUGUCUGAUCACAGAGGAAGGCUGUACUUCUCUGGCCUCAGCUCUAUUGGGAGGACACCUCACCCGCUGCGGGCGCACCUUGUACAGAGAUGAUACACCUCGCAUCAACGUAUGCGCCUAG